UUUUAGUUCAAUCUUUUUUUUCUUAAUAAAAAAAAAUAUACAUAUGAAAGAUUUCAUAACAAUUUGACACUGAUGUAGCAACUGGUGUUGUAUUAAAUGUUGCAAAUACCUUUAUAAAGUACGUCUUCUAGUACAGAAGAUAUGGUACAUAAUCUGGUGGCCAGACUGGGCGAAGGUGGCUGGGUUUCUCGGAGGAUUUGCCAUGGGGCAGUUGUAUAAUGACUACUUGUUGGAUCAGAUACCUUUCCCGCAUUAUUUGGGAAUCAUUCAGUCUAUAGCGCUAAGCUUAAUCUUAGCUAUAGGCAAUGCGAGUUGCAGGCAACUAAGGUGCAUAUCUAUGCUGGCUAUUCCCAUGUACUGUGGCAAGCCGGGGCGAGGCGUGCUGAAGGCGGUUGUACUCACUUAUGUUAUUGCAGGUCCGAUCACGAACCUGGGUCUGAACGCGCGGGAGGUGGUGCGAGUAUUCUCCUGCAGUACCCAGCUGUCCUAUAACCUGUCCAUGGCCAAGUUCGCUCUGAUGGAGGCGCCUUUCCAGAGCGCCAUCGUUUCUAUGAAAGACGACAUUGUACCUGUUAAAGACGCUUUUAGGUCUAUAGCAGUCGUGGCGGCCCCGAUCGAGGCAGAGAUGUUGGAUAUGAGGGAACUGAGGACUAGUCGAGAGGUGAACGAUUACAUCGACGAUAUGUUUGCCAACGUUCACCGGUCUGAUGCCAUUGAGAAGAAAUAUAAAACACACCCAAACGACUCAAAGGAGCAGAAAUUCCGGAAGAAUUACAUGAAGAAGCUGGAAUACCGGUGUAACGACCAGCUGACCAUCGCCGUGGCGGUGUGUAUGAACGCGUUCAGAGCGGCCUUCGACCACUGUUCAUACGUCAUCCCGCGGUACGCCGCGUGGACGCUCUGCUGGCCCAUGAAACUGACCUACAUAUGCAACAUCCUGUACAUCAUUGCUGGGCCUAGCGUCUGCGAUAGUAGUAAAGAGGUGGACCCAGGUCUUGGCGAAGGAUUCCUUUACCUAGAAAAAGCAAAACGCGAACUGACAAAAAGCUUCAAAGACGUCCAACUGCAGUAUAAAGUUAAUGAGGUUCACGAAUUGGCCGACAUUCAGGAUGCAAAAGAAACAGGCGACCGGGUAAUGCAUGCGUUCGAAGAGAAGCAUAUAAUAAUGCAACACGUAAUCAUAGCAGUGAACGUGUGCGUGGCUCUCCUGUUCAUCCGCAUUCUAGUGUCCGCAGGGACCUACCACGACCGCUACCUUACCAGGAUAGACCACGAUAAUGUCUACAUCACUAGCUAUUUCAAGAGGAUCGAUCUUAAAAGGCAUCUGAAGAAUAAAUUUAGGCUAUUGCCUUUGAAAAAGAUGGAAAGAAGCAGGUACGUGGACGUGCACUCGCUGGCGUACACAGCGGAGCGCAACAAGAUAGUGACGCAGGUGCUCAAGGUGAUGCUGGAGAUGGUGACGGCGACGACGUUCGUAAUGCUCGACCGGCUGUUCUACGAGGCGCUGGACGUCGUCAGGCAGCACGCUGAGGUGCAAGUCACUCAGCACGGGGACCACGACUUGGAGAUACAGGUGGAAGGCAAGGGCUUGCUAGCAGGUGCAGUGCGCAUGAUCCUCGCGGGGCUCAACACGCACCGGCGCGUGCGUCGCUCCGUCACCAACGCCGCCUGCCUGCCGCACCCGCGAUCCAUGCCCACCACAUACUUCCUCAAGAUCUACGGCGGGUAUCUCUGGAUACUGCUGCUCCUGUACAUCAACCCGUAUACUCUGAGGUUGAGGAGACUAGUCUGCAGCUGGUUCUACCCUCGCCGCGAGAAGCAACGUGUCCUGCACCUCUACAACGAUAUCCUGAAGAAACGCGUCAAGAUUCAGAAGACUGUGCGCAGAAAGGCCGUGCAAGCGAUUCGCGCACACUACUUGUCAGGGGAGAACCUACUCAGCUUGCGGAUCAAGUUUCCGCAAGUGCUCGGCUGGCUGCGCGUCUUCCCCGCCGCGCGGAUGACGUGUCUUAUCUGCGGGCAGACCCAGCCCAGGAAUGCUAGCCAAAAAGGUUGGCAUUCGUGUAUGCUGACGAAGUGUCCGUUCGUAUACUGCGAGGAGUGCUGGCCCGAGGUCGGUAGACUGUGCCUAGCCUGUGACCCCAGCUUGGCCGAACUCAGUGACGUAGACUCGCUCAGCGAGGAUGACCAGGUGCGGUAUUGAUGGGCAAGAAGGAACUAUUGCGCACCACCCUAAUCACAAGGUGUCAAGAAUGAGUCAUGUUCAACCACCCUAAUGGCAAUGCGUUAAGACGGAACCAUGUUGCACCACCUUAAUCACAAGGUGUCAAGAAUGACCCAUGUUGAACCACCCAACCAAUGUAUUAAGAAGGGACCAUGUCGCACCAUCCUAAUCAAAAGGUGUCCAGAAGGAACCAUGGCUCACCUCUGCAGCUCCAAGGUGUCAAGGAAAAUCCUAUGGUAGCCAAAGAGAUGAAUUGAUGAACAUCCAA